UCACUCACUGGUGGACUAUCCAACACAAGCAUGUAAACUUUUCCCUGAUUUUGAAAGCGGACUUAGUCUGAAUGGGCCUGAAAACACGCGGAUUUCUCAGGUGGGGACUUUUCUAAAGGAUCCCGGUUCGAGGAUGCAGGCGUGCAAAGCGUUGCUGUGCGCGCUGCUGCUGCUCCACUGCGCCACGCUCAGUUCCCCGCUAUCCACCUGCGCCACCGUGGACAUGGACCACGUCAAGAGGAAGCGGGUGGAGGCCAUCCGAGGUCAGAUUCUCAGCAAACUGCGGCUGAGCAGCCCCCCGGUCGCUCAGGGUCCCGCUAAGGUACCCCACCAAGUGCGCGCUUUGUACAACAGCACUCGAGAACUUCUGGAAGAGCUCGGGCGACAACGGCAGGAGAUGUGCGGCGCCGAGAAUACGCAAACUGAGUACUACGCCAAGGAGAUUUACAAGUUCAACAUGGUCUACGGGCCCACAGAGAGCAACGACCUGUCCUACUGCCCGAAAGGUAUCACAUCCAAAGUUUUCCGCUUCAACGUCUCAACCAUGGAAAGGAACGCCACCAACCUCUUCCGGGCUGAAUUCCGAGCCCUGCGGGUUCCCAACCCGAGCGCCAGACGCAACGAACAGCGUAUUGAGCUCUACCAGAUUAUUCGACCUAACGAACACAUAAGAAAGCAACGCUACAUCAGCGCCAAGAACGUACUAACCAAAGGCACUUCCGAUUGGGUUUCCUUCGAUGUAACUGACACGGUGCGGGAAUGGCUGAUGAACAGAGGGCGUAAUCUGGGUUUGGAAGUUAGCGUGCACUGUCCUUGCCACACCUUCGGCCCAAACGGGGACAUCAUAGAUAACGAGAACGAGGUUCUGGACGUCAAGUUUAAAGGCGUGGACGGCGAAGAUGAGCAAAAUCGAUUGGACCUCAGCCACCUGAAGAGGAACAAGGAACAGAACCUGCCUCACUUAAUACUAAUGAUGAUCCCACCUCAUCGCCUGGAUUCAAAGUCCCCGCACCGACGUAAAAGAGCGCUGGACACCAACUACUGCUUCUCAAACACGGAGGAGAGCUGCUGCGUUCGCCGGCUGCACAUAGACUUCCGGCGUGACUUGGACUGGAAGUGGAUCCACGAGCCUAGCGGUUACGACGCUAACUACUGUUCCGGGCCUUGCCCCUACUUGAGAAGCUCCGACACACCGCACAGCUCGGUAAGAAAUAGAGUUGCUGAGCCUGUACAACACUCUGAACCCCGAGGCAUCGGCUUCUCCGUGCUGCGUCCCCCAAGACCUGGAGCCCCUCACCAUCCUCUACUACUCCGGACGCACCCCCAAAGUAGAGCAGCUUUCCAACAUGAUCGUCAAAUCUUGCAAAUGUAGCUGAGAAGACUGGACGGACACUCGCGGCACUCCAAAACAGCUACUUUGUUUUUGCUCUAACUUUUUACACAUGAAAUUGAAGCCGAGUCAGAGAAUUCAUAACGUUCCUUUCCCGUCAAAAAAAACAAAAAGCAGUGGGCAUUACCGUCAAAUGUAGAAAAAAGCCAAAAGUGCGGUCAGUGGGAAAGAAAUCCAAGGCACGGAAAGCUUGCUUUGUGAGCCAAUGGCAGCUUAGUAGAACUGCCAAAGAGGAAUUUCAUUCUGACACUUCAAAAUAUGAGCGGGAAGAUGGCACUUAGUCCAUUUU